GGUGAGUAGAGAUGGGAUCUUUCUCUGGAAGGAUGCUCUGCUGCCCAUGGAUGGGAAGCCUUCUCUUGGCCUGAGUCUUCUCAGCGCAUCGGGCUGUGCUUGGGGAUCUGGGCUCCAUUCAACUGUUCUCAGGACUCAAGGAUACUUGCGUUUGGUCAGGGAUUGAUCAGGAAGUCCUCUCCUUCGCAACAUUCACACGAAUGUAUCUCAUUCUCCGUUCACGGUGUCCUUGCAAAAGACAGAUAGGCAGGAUUUUCUUUUCUUAUCCAUUGUGCGGUCUUAGUUGGGAGAUGGUGUACUCCUUAGUGUUAGUAACGUGGUGAGGGGCACGGUUGGUGCCGGAGGGGACAGGUGUUCUCACUGUUUUCCAGAGAAUGCAAGAAACCUCUGUGUAAGAGAAGAAAGAAGAAACAUUUUUUCCUCUCAAUUUUAAACUUACAAAGUUCGGUUAACAUAUACUUGAAGUUUGGAAGCUUCCAGAGAUGACUAAAAUUCUCUCUACUACCCUUAUCUCUUUCACUCACUUUCCUCUUUGUGAUUAAACUUUAUUAAAAUUGGAACUCUGAAAACAGUGCCUGGGGAGUAGUUUUAAAAAAUUAGCUGUGCAUUUGGCAGAAUAUGUGUAGAAAUUAAAAUAAAAUUUAAAAUACUGAAGCACUUUUUGAAGGACCAAGAGAGGCUGGAACUAAUUGAGAGGAUUCUGUUGCCUUUGAACAGAAAAACAGGAUUAAUACACAGAGAACCGAUCCGAGGAUAGCUGCUGUUGAGAAUGGAGAGCUCGCUGCCAGAGGCAUCACUGUGGGGCCACCCUCCAGAAGAGCAGCCCCAGGAGCCCCUCACGAUACUGUCUGCUCUGAUCUCUUCUAAAGAUCAAGAGUCCGUGACCUUCAAAGAUGUAGCCAUAGACUUAACCCAGGAGGAGUGGACCCUGAUGGACAGGUCGCAGAGGAAGCUGUACAUUGAUGUGAUGCUGGAGAACAUCACUCAUCUGGUGUCCGUGGGCUGUCAGUUUUUCCAAGCAGAUGUGAUUUCCCAGUGGGAGCAAGGAGGGGAGCUAUGGAGGGAAGACAGAGGACUUGCCCAAGGCUGGAAUCCAGGCUUAGAAAACAGCUAUAAAAAGGAAGAAACAAUAUCUAUGCAAGAUAUCUUCAAGGAGGACCCAUCUGACUGCGGCAUAAUAGUUUGGUGGCUGACACAAGCACGCCCAUUCCUGACCCCUUGGAAGCAUUCAAAUUGCUGUCUGUGUGAUCACUGACCCUACGAGACCCCAAAUCACCAACUCUGCAGAGCGUGACCCCACACUUACAGGAUUUCCACUACACAUUUCAAUAACUCUGCCCCCAAGAUUCUGUCCAAACUCCCAUUCAGAGCCCCCAUCUCUGGUGCCCACAGCUCCCACAUAUCUGAACAGUUCAGAUCCUGGAUUCUAGUCUUCCCUUCUCCAGAGCCCCUGCAAGGCUCACAGGCCUGACCCCACAAUGCCGGGCGCACUUUUCCCAGGCCCCCCCAAGGGCGUGCUCUGUGGGCCUUUGCUGGACUGCUGAGCUGGUGCCUUCCACCUCCUGUGGGCUCUGAAACAGUCAUCACAUGCUCUGAUCCCACAGUGAACACAACACCCUCAGCACACACAAACCCUAACACAAGCAUGUGCACACACGAGAUCUGAUGACACAUGUCUGUUCUGAUAGUCACGUGUGCACCUUCCACACUGACCACACUCAAUAGACAAAUGGCCAACCCCUCAAAGGCAGACAAACCAGGGGAACAACUGUGUGCAGAUCUUGGGAAGAUAUCCUCUGGCCACACAGACAGGCAGUCUGGCUGCACGUGUGUCUGGAUCUUGAGGCAUUUCACACUUGGGCAUGGACAUGAAUGGCUGGGGCUUGGAGGGGAGAGGCUCAAGACACGGGGACAGAUGCGAGCUGACCUUCCUCAGAGCCUGCAACAUCAUUCUUGGCAGAGAGUAGAAGAGACCAGUGGAUCCUCUUACUAGGCAUUUGAUACAAACACAUCAGCAAGAAGAGUAAUGGGAAAAAUGCAGAAAGGGGUGCCUGGAUGUCUCAGUGGGUGAAGGCAGAGUCCAGAUGAUCAGUUAGAGGCUUUGUGCUCAGAACAGUCCUAUUGCUCUUAAAACGUGGAUAUAAGUGUUUUGUACAUAAAAAUAUUAAAGCAUUCUUUGCUUGAAAAUUUGUGAAGUAAAAGGAUGUCAGUUUGCCAGGAGUGAGAGGAUUUUGUGGGUCCAACCCACAAAAUCAGAGAGCAACUGCAAAGCCUGGUUAAAAUACACAGAACUUUGAGAACAUUGUUAUGUCGAUGCUUGAACAGGUGUUUGACGUCCAGGGCAGGAGCAUUGUCUCGUCCUCCCCGGGGUUUCUACUGGGGCAAGCUGAAAAUCAGCAGGAGGGAGAACGGAGUCCCAGGAGAGAAGGGCAGCCUUUCCGGGCUUAGUGGGAAUAAGGUGGAAUGCCGUGCAAGCAAGAUACUGGGGCUUCUGCUUCCUGAUAAGACAUGGUGAGUCGAGGUGAGAUGACAGUAGGAAAUACUCCCUUAAAGGGUGUAAUUAUGGAAGUUGAGAGAGUUGUGGGGCCAGAAAGGAUUCCCUGAACUGAGAUACCUCACAGGAGGAAGCCCAUGUGGGGGUGGUAGGACCUGCAGGCGUUUCCACCCCUGCAGAACUUGCUCAGUGUGGAUGUCGUCAGCCUGAAGGAGAAAGACUUCAUGAGCGAGUGAAAACAGGCUGGUGGGUGGGCACAUUCCCCCGGAACAGGACUGCAGGCUCUGAAGGGGGGGUGGCAAGAGAGGUGGUAUAAUAAAGCCCCACGGUUUUUGGGGGAUUGCUUCCAACUGCAGGAAGACAUCUGCAAUGACUAUUUUAAGAUUUUAUUUAUUUGAGAGAGUAAGAGAGAGCACAAGCAGGGGGAGGAACAGACUCCCCGCCGAGCAACGAGUCCCAUGUGGGGCUCAAUCCCAGGACCCUGGGAUCAUGACCUGAGCAGAAGGUAGAUGCUUAGCUCACUGAACCACCCAGGCGCCCCCAUUACUUUUGAAGUUUUGAUGGCAAUACUGACUGUCCUCAUAAAGGAAGAUAACUGUUGCACUAUCAGACUUUACUUGAUCUGUUAAUAAUUUCUGAUGAUUUUUCAUAAAGUACCUUCUCCAACAUGAAUUAUCUUAUUUUCAUAGAAGAUUUUAUCCUUCUGGUAAUUUUGUUUUCACUUAUUUCCUGUUUUAGCAGUUACCCUACACUAAAUUUUCUUGUGGACACCAAGGCGAUGUUUAGCCUAAUGAGCAUGUGUAUUGGGUACAGACGUUGUGUUCCGUGGAGUUUAAUUAUUUGUUUGAUUAAAACACAUUUCUGUAGAAUUCUUCCCAUAUAGUUUUUGCAUAAACACGAGCAUGUAAUUUUCUCAUUCCUAUUAAUAUGAUUGUUUUAAUGAAUACUGUAAAUCUGAAUCACACUCACAUCCUGACAUAAAGGUCACUUGAUCAUGCUACAGUAUUUACUAGGUGCAAUGUUUACUUGUAUUUUGUGUAAUAUUUCAACAUUUCUUUGCAUGUGUCAUAUUUGUCUGGCAUGUACUUUAUGGGCCAGUUUAUGGAAAGGUCUAUUCUCAACCUUGUAUACACUCUAUAAAAAGCGUUGGAAAAGACCGACUACAGCAAUGCUUGCAAACAGGUAAAGUGAAUUGCUUUUUCAAUGAGUUCAUUAGCAGAGAGAGGCUCUUGGACUCUGUGAACUUUGUGGUAUGUGUGUGUUCCCUUCUAUUAAUUUCUCUGUUUCUUUGACAUAGAACACAAAUUCAUGCUUUUACUAUUCUGGAAUAAGCACAAUAAAUCCAAGAUGAAUCUUUUUCUUUUA